UGUUGCUGCUCUCCGCAUAAAGCUUAUUUUAAUAAUGUUACUAUCACGUGUGAUUGAAUUAAAACACUAAAACACUGUUUUAUUACUGUUUUGCCAUCAAGUAUCAAGUAUGUAUUCAAGUAUUUCCAUACAAAUCAUACAGAAAAACGAGGUACAUAUAAAGAGUAAAAUUAUGUUCAGCUUUUCUGUGGGUGAUUUAUAAGCUCAUUCUAUACUGGACAGUUCAACAAAGUGGUGAUAUAGAGGCUGUAGGUAUUGUCUCCAAGUUGAACCACCACUAGCUGUAGUUACAUCCAAGUGUUGUCACUGUCUUGUGGUUCUGUAAGGCUGUUACAUAUUAAGAAGCUUUGCUGAUGUGUGAUGUGUGGAUAUUAGUCACUGUGUUAAUUAUUAGGGCUGUUGGUACAUUUCUGCAUCAUCCUCUUUUCUAGUGACCAAAGGUUCCCACCUUUACCUCCACCCUUACUCUGUCACCAUCCCCCUGUCUCUUUGAAAAUCUGCAAAAAUCCAUAGGAGUUUCUUCCCUUAUCACUCUGUUUCCUGUUUUGUAUCAGGAGAGACUUGUUGAAUUACUAUUUUGAAAGCCAUUGAUUUUAUUGCUUCCAAAGAAGGAAACUUCAGGUUUUUAGCUGAUUUUUGCUCUUCAUUGUUGUCAUGGAUCAAGGUGUCUAUGACACCAGGACCGAGACGGAGAAGCCGGCAUCUGAAAAUAUCAGCACAAAAGUGACCAUCAACAACCCAGCCGACAUCACUGUCAUCGUCGGCUAUUUCCUCAUGGUCAUUGGCGUGGGAAUCUGGUCCAUGUUCCGGACUAAUCGCAGCACGGUGAGGGGUUACUUUCUAGCAGGUCGGACCAUGAUCUGGUGGCCGGUGGGCGCCUCUUUAUUUGCCAGCAACAUCGGCAGCGGCCAUUUUGUCGGGCUGGCCGGGACCGGAGCGGCCAGCGGGAUCGCCGUCGGGGGCUUCGAAUGGAAUGCUCUCUUCAUCAUGCUGUUGCUGGGUUGGCUCUUUGUCCCUGUUUAUCUGACUGCUGGGGUAAUUACCAUGCCUCAGUACCUGAAGAAAAGGUUCGGAGGUAACAGGAUCAGUCUGUACUUAUCCGUUAUCUCUCUGUUCCUCUACAUCUUCACCAAGAUUUCCGUCGACAUGUUCUCAGGAGCGAUAUUCAUCCAGCAGGCUUUGGGAUGGAAUAUCUAUGUAUCUGUAAUUGCCCUGCUGUCCAUCACAGCCUUAUACUCAGUCACAGGUGGGCUGGCUGCCCUUAUGUACACAGACACCGUCCAGACAUUUGUCAUCAUCGUCGGAGCCUUCGUCCUCACGGGUUUCUCCUUCGUGAAGAUUGGAGGCUACAGUGCCCUACUUGAGAAGUACGCUAAGGCUCUGCCUACCGUCAGGCAAUCCCCACAACCCCAGCUCUACAACAUCUCCUUGGCAUGCUACCAGCCACGAAGUGACGCCUUCCACCUGCUGCGAGACCCGGUGAACGGGGACCUACCCUGGCCCGGAGUGAUCUUUGGCAUCGCCAUCGUGGGCAGCUGGUACUGGUGCAGCGACCAGGUGAUUGUCCAGCGCUGCCUGGCUGGCCGCAGCCUCAGCCACGUGAAAGCUGGCUGCAUCCUGUGCGGGUACCUCAAACUGCUGCCCAUGUUUCUCAUGGUACUCCCUGGCAUGAUCAGCAGGGCCCUCUACCCCGACGAGGUGGCCUGUGUGGUUCCUGAGAUAUGCAAGCGAGUCUGCGGGACGGAGGUGGGCUGCUCCAACAUCGCUUACCCCAAGCUGGUGGUGUCUGUUAUGCCUGAUGGCCUGAGGGGCCUCAUGCUGGCAGUGAUGCUAGCCGCCCUGAUGAGCUCUCUAGCCUCCAUCUUCAACAGCAGCAGUACCCUUUUCACCAUGGACAUCUGGACCCGUCUGAGACCACAGGCCCGUGAACGGGAGCUGAUGAUCGUGGGAAGAGUGUGGGUCCUCUGCAUUGUGUCUAUCAGUAUUUGCUGGAUCCCAGUAGUACAGGCUGCCCAGAGUGGUCAGCUGUUUGACUACAUCCAAUCAGUGAGCAGCUACCUGGCCCCGCCCAUCGCUGCAGUCUUCUUUCUUGCAGUAUUUGUAAAGCGAGUCAACGAACCGGGGGCUUUCUGGGGUCUCGUCGGGGGUCUGAGCAUGGGGCUGUGCCGGAUGAUCCCAGAGUUCACAUUUGGGACGGGGAGCUGCCUGUUCCCCUCAGACUGCCCCCCGCUGGUGUGCGGCUUCCAUUACCUGCACUUUGCAAUGCUGCUCUUCCUCUGCACUGGCAUCCUGGUGCUCUUCAUCAGCCACUGCACGCCAGCCAUCCCAGACAGACACCUUCACCGCCUGGUGUUCAGCCUCCGCCACUCGAAGGAAGCAAGGGAUGACCUGGACUGGGAGGAAGAGGAGCGUGGGAGGAUAGCCCGCAGGGAAGCGGCUGAGAAGAUCAGUGAGCAGCCAGAUGGAGGUGGGUCCCAGUCCACACUCAGUCGCCUGAUUGGAUGGUUCUGCGGCGUAAGUUCCACACAGACACCAGAACCCACAGAGCAAGAAGCUGUGGAGAGUUCUGACCGGCUACCCAGCAUCACAGAGGACCCGAAGUGGCAACACGUCGUCAAUAGCAACGCCCUUAUUAUGAUGGCCGUGGCCAUCUUCAUGUGGGGAUACUUUGCUUAGGAGGAAACAGCCAAUCAGGCAGGUUACCCAGCUGUCAUACUUGAUUUGCUUGCUUAAUGGUUUUUUAAAGUGUAAAAUAUCAACUGGUUUCUAACAACUAAUGCUGUGAAGACAGUAAAAACAUUUAACACA